AGCUUUGACUAAAGAUGAAUCAUAAAUCAUAAAUGUCCUCUUGACGUGUGCACCGGGAUUGAACCAACUGUACCCGUAGCAUGUUGUGUCAUAUCUCCGGCAGUGUGAAGGAAAAGGGGGGGACAUCAUCAACGACAGUGAAGCAUAUAUCCGGUAUUGUAACAGCCAGACAACUAUCAAAGAUGUGGCCACAACUAGUUCUGUUGUUUAUCACAUCACAAGCCCAUGGUCAGCAAUGUUCCUGGGGAAUAUAUGGCGAGAACUGCGACAAGAACUGCCCUUUGACCUGCAACACUGAUCCUGUAAAGAACCUUCGCCACUGUCAAAAGUACACUGGGAAGUGUUCUGAGGGAUGCGUGCCAGGCCAUCAUGGCGAUCAGUGUAAUAUUCUUUGCAGCGGAGGCUGUCUGCACAAAACCUGCAAUCAGGGAAAUGGACAAUGCACAAUAGGCUGCAGUGGUACAUACAGUGGGGAUUAUUGCAACAUCACUUCAGCAUCACAAGCCCAUGGUGGUCAGCAAUGUUCCUGGGGAAUAUAUGGCGAGAACUGCGACAAGAACUGCCCUUUGACUUGUAACUCUGAUCCUGUAAGGAACCUUCGCCACUGUCAAAAGUACACUGGGAUGUGUUCUGAGGGAUGCGUUCCUGGACAUCAUGGCGAUCUGUGUGAUAUUCUUUGCAGCGGAGGCUGUCUGCACAAAACCUGCAAUCAGGGAAAUGGACAAUGCACAAUAGGCUGCAGUGGUACAUACAGAGGGGAUUAUUGCAACAUCACUUCAGGUAUGGUAGUAGUGGAGUGCUUUAUUUUGAUAAAAUAAUUGACAUAUUUGGAAAUACAAGAAACAUAACACAUUAUUUCACAAAGCCAAAGUUAGAAAUACGUGAUACACUCGAUUAUGCAGAUUUCAUAUUUUAAGCACCAAACCAGAUCCGAAUGCGGAGACAUACAUAACAACUUUAGGAGACAUCGAUUAAGACUAUGAAUGGUUCAAACUUUCCAGCCAGACAGAUCAUGUGUAUGUCGGGUUACCCGAAUGAAGCGUCCAUGCAAGGCUAUAACAGAGAAUGGUUGACUUACCAAAAGAAAUCACUGAGCACCACAUUGUCGUGUAUUGCUUCUGGAAAUACAACCGCGCCGCCUCAAACAGUCAUCAGCAGCAGUAGUAUGACUCAAACACACAACCAAAGAAAUGUAUUUACUAUGGGGUAAAUACGGUAACGAAUGUGAUUUGAAGAAGGCUGUGCACGUGAAAGCGGUGGCGUCACGUGCUUAAGGUGCAGAGGAGAGGGCAAGAAACACCACUCGAGGCCUUCACGUCACACAGGCGAGCUGUUGUCUUCUUUGUUCGGAAUGGAUUCACCACAGCAGGAAAAUCUUGACUCCAUUGAAGAACUACACAUUCCUGGUCAACCUAACAAAGCACAGGAUUCUGUUGAAGGACUUGCAGACAGAUCUACAGCCGGUUGGGCAGUAGUCUCGGAGUUGGAAGGGGAUGAGUUGGCUUCAAACUCGGAUGAAGAGAGACGUUUCGAGAGAGCAGAAAGUAAGGCACAGCGCAGAAAGCGCCCUACUUCUUUCAAUUCCCGUGGUAGAGGUUAUAGUCCUUAUCCUUCUGCAACUUUCCCCAAU